AGACUGUCGUAGAUGUCGCAGAGAUGUGAAAGAUGCCAAAACAAGAGUGCUAACAUGUUUGCACCAGUACAGGAAAUUUGGAAUUAACGAUCCAACUACGAUUACAUCGAAAAUUUGCGCUUAAGAGGUAGCUUCUGCAUGUCUCUUGUAUUUUCAAUGGUAAAAUAAGGCUCUUGUGGCGCUGAGAGUAAUACAGAAUGCGCGAAAUAUACGGAAUCAUGAUCACAGUUUGUUUAAUUGCCAAGACAAUUGCUGAAAAAAAGUACUGUUGGUACUUUGAAGGAGGUUAUCCAGUGUACUUCAUAUGCAAGACAUAUGAAGACUGCUGUGGAACACAAUGCUGUGUACGAGCCCUCUCAAUCCAGAGAAUAUGGUAUUUCUGGUUACUGCUGAUGAUUGGCAUUCUGUGCUGCUGCAGUGCUGGAUACUUCAUUCGCAGACGCUUGCGCCAUUCCUCUCCCCCUGGGGCACCUGAUUUUAAAGUGGCCUUCACUAGACACCCCAUCAUAUCACAAGGACCAUACCAGACUGGCUUUCAGAGUUAUGGAGACUCAGAGACUGCAGCCAUUUUAACUGCCAUCCCAGUGCAGACUCACCCCAGUCACAUGUCUGUAGUGUACUCAGCCCUGCCGUCCCACUACAGCCAGCCUCCACCUCCUUAUGAUCAAGCCAUGCAGGACUUAAGAAAUAAAUAGAAGUAUAAACAGACUUUAGAGGUAUUGUAAAGAGGCCAAACUAUAUUACCUCAAAAUAUUUACUUUUUACAAUUCUUACACAAAGACUAUAAGGUACAAACCCCAAUUCUGAAAAAGUUGGGACAGUAUAGAAAAUGCUAAUAAAAACAAAAGGGAGUGAUUAGUACAUUCUAUUCUACAACAACACAUUAUUUAAUGUUUUACCUUGUGAAUCAAUUUUUAUGUAUAGUAACACUUUACGAUAAGGUUGCAAUUGUUAACAUUAGUUAAUCCAUUAGUUAACAUGAACUAACAAUGAACAACACUUGUAUACAGCAUUUAUUAAUAUUAGUUAAUGAUCAUUUAUACAUAUACUUUCACAUUUCUUAACAAUAAAAAGAUUUAUAAUUAAAAUUUCUUAAUACAAUAGCUAACAUCAACAAUGAACAACACCCUAAACACCCAAUCUUUAGGUUGGUGGCACAUGUCAAAGUUACAUCCACAUGAAUGCCAGGAUCCAAGGUUUCCCAGCAGAACAUUGCCCAGAGCAUCACACUACAUAGUGCAUCCUUCUGCCAUCUCUUCCCCAGGUAAACGAUGCACACACACAUGGCCGUCCACAUGAUCUAAAAGAAAACAUGAUUCAUCAGACCAGGCCACCUUCUUCCAUUGCUCCAUGGUCCAGUUCUGACGCUCACGUGCCCAUUGUAGGUGCUUUCGAUGGUGGACAGAGGUCAGCGUGGGCACUCUGACCGCUCUGCAGCUACGCAAGCAUGUGAUGCACUGUGUGUUCUGACACCUUUCUAUCAUGGCCAGCAUUAAGUUUUUCAGCAAUUUGUGCUACAGUAGCUCUUCUGUGGGAUUGGACCAGACGGGCUAGCCUUCGCUCCCUACAUGCAUCAGUGAGCCUUGAGCACCUAUGACCCUGUCGCCGGUUCACUGGUUGUCCUUCCUUGGACCACUUUUUGUAGGUACUAACCACUGCAUAUCGGGAUCACUCCAUAAGACCUGCCGUUUUGGAGAUGCUCUGACCCAGUCAUCUAGCCAUCACAAUUUGGCCCUUGUCAAAGUCGCUCAGAUCCUUACGCUUGCCCAUUUUUGCCCUGCUGCUAACACAUGCAAUUCAAGAACUGACUGUUCACUUGUCACCUAAUAUAUCCCACCCCUUGACAUGUGCCAUUGUAAUGAGAUAAUAAAUGUUAUUCAUUUCACAUAUCAGUGGUUUAAUGUUGUAGCUGAUCAGUGUAUAUGCUCUGUACACUGGUGGAGUCCUGGAGUUUUAUGUAAGAGGUAAACCACCACUUCUGCAUUGCAGUUCAGCUGCAGGUCGUGAUUGUACGUUAAGGAAACAAACAUAGCAACAACUCUGGAAUAUCUGGAAAUAAACCGAAUCAACAGAGAGUAAAAUAGUGAAGUCUUCCUUGGAUGCCAUGUGUGUUUACACAAGUAUUGCAAGAAAUUACGUUAUUGUGGAGAAUGCUGCUUACUGACGUGGCCACAUGUAUACGGGAGUAAAGAGUACACCACUUAAACUGUGCAUGUAAACGGGAACGCUGUUUCUCACAAAAACUUGCUUUCUACUUUUUCUGGUGUCCAUAUAACUGUAGUUAUUGUGGAAGAAGCAAUUUAGUUGCAAAUUAAGGACUAAACUUUGUGCAAACUUAUUUGACAGUUUUCCCAUUCUUGUGUAUGUUGCUAAAGAUUUUAAUAUUUGUAUUACCUUUCUUCUGUGCAGUGCAGAAAUAUGUUCUCAAAACUAUAUAUGUUGAUUCGUUAGUGAUUCAAUAUUGUAAUGAAUGUGUUACAUUUGCUAUGUAAUGCUAAAAAAUGUCCUGCAAAUAUUUGGAACGUGUGAAUUGUUUUACAAUAAGGUCUGUCAAUACCUAAAAUUCAUGUUUUUUUAUUGCAAUUUUUUUUUUUAAAGAAUCUACAAACAUUAGUAACACAUUAGGUAAUGUUGAAAUAUGUUACACUUUAUAAUAAGGUUUACAAAUAUGCACAGUAAAUACUUUAUUAUUAUUUAUCAUUAUGUCAACAAAAAAUCGUAACACAUUAAUUGAUGUUC